AUGUUCCAACGCGAUCCUCGAGCUGGCGCGUUUCUUGGUGGUGACCGUGUGUCAGGGCAAGAUAUACGGGAUCAGAAUGUGACCGCGGCCUUGGCCAUCGCAAACAUCGUCAAAAGCUCUUUGGGUCCACUCGGGCUCGAUAAAAUGCUCGUUGACAACAUCGGAGAAGUGACCAUCUCGAAUGAUGGUGCAACUAUUCUGUCUCUUCUGUCUGUGGAACAUCCAGCUGGAAAGAUUUUCGUCGAUCUCGCACAAAAGCAGGACAAGGAGGUCGGAGAUGGUACAACCUCUGUGGUCAUCAUUGCAUCUGAGCUUCUUCGACGCGCGAACGAGCUCGUAAAAGCGAAAAUACAUCCGACCACGAUCAUCACAGGCUACAGACUUGCUUGCAGAGAGGCUGUCAAGUUCAUGCAGGAUCAACUCAGCAUCAAAGUCGAUUCUCUCGGUCGUGAUGCACUUGUAAAUGCUGCCAAGACUAGCAUGUCUAGCAAGAUCAUUGGAAAUGACGAUGAUCUAUUUGCCCCUAUGGCUGUGGACGCCAUGCUUGCUGUCAAGACUAUUAACUUACGCGGUGACAUCAAAUAUCCAGUCAAGGCUGUUAACGUGCUCAAGGCUCACGGCAAAAGUGCUAGAGAAUCCCUGUACGUCCAAGGUUAUGCACUGAACUGCACGGUUGCUAGUCAAGCCCGCAUGCAGCUGGGUGUGCAGAUCCUAGUCGAAGAUCCAAAUCAACUAGAGGAGAUCAGGAAGCGUGAAGCAGAAAUCACGCUAGAACGAAUUCGCAAAAUUUUGGCAUCAGGAGCCAACGUUGUUUUGACCACAAAGGGCAUUGACGACUUGUGUCUAAAAGAGUUUGUUGAAGCUGGCGCGAUGGCAGUUAGAAGGUGCAGAAAGGAGGACCUCCGACGCAUCGCAAAGGCAACAGGUGGUACGCUCAUCUCAAGUCUCGCGAACUUGGAAGGUGAGGAGACAUAUGAGGCCAGCUACCUCGGUUCAGCGGACGAAGUUGUCCAGGAGCGCAUCUCUGAUGACGAAUUGAUCCUCAUCAAGGGCACCAAGGUGGUCAACUCUGCAUCUAUUGUUCUGCGUGGAGCGAAUGACUACAUGCUAGAUGAGAUGGAGAGAGCGUUGCAUGACACACUUUCCAUCAUUAAGCGUACUUUAGAGAGCGGAGCUGUUGUUCCUGGAGGUGGUGCGGUUGAAUCUGCCCUCAGCAUUUACUUGGAAAACUUUGCGACAACCUUAGGAUCGCGAGAACAGCUGGCGAUCGCCGAAUUCGCUGCAGCUCUGCUUUCAAUUCCAAAGCAGCUUGCCGUCAACGCUGCAAAGGAUUCCACUGAUCUUGUCGCCAAACUGCGUGCUUACCAUCACGCCGCGCAGAACGCGCCUGCGGGUGAUCCGAAAAAAGUGCUACUUCGGUAUGGCCUAGACCUUAUGAACGGAGAUGUCCGUGACAAUGUUGUGGCUGGUGUGCUGGAACCAACGAUGAGUAAAGUCCGGAGUUUGAAGUCGGCGUAUGAGGCUGCCAUUUCGCUUUUGCGGAUUGAUGACGCUAUUCAGUGCGUACCGGAGCCAAAGCCGGAAGCAGACUCACAUGGCCAUUAAAUAAAGACAGCCUUGCGUUGACAGUCUUA